CCCACAUUUAUAUCAAUCAAACAUAUUAAUCUUCUUGUGUCCCCUACUAUUUUCAGCAAAACACUACAUACAAACAUACUACUGCUUAAUUAAUCACUUAAUAAUUAACUACUAAUACGUACACGAUGGCGAUCAAAUUUUACGGAACCAUCGGUUCAACAUCGGCUUUUAGGGCUCUGGUUGGCCUGGUUGAGAAGGAUAUCGAGUUUGAGUUCGUUCCGGUUAGUACUGCUACCAAGGAACACAAGUCACCUAACUUCCUUGCUCUCCAUCCAUUUGGUCAAGUUCCUGCCUUUCAGGAUGGCGAUCUCACUCUUUUCGAAUCAAGGGCAAUCACGAAGUACAUAGAAGAGGCAUAUCCCAAUAAGGGAACAUCUCUAAUAUCCAAAGAUGUAAAGAAAAGGGCGAUACAAACAGUGUGGGGUGAAGUAGAAGCUCUAAGAUACGAACCAACGUCUAUAAAGCUAGUUUGGGAGCUAGCUGUGAAGCCGAAGCGUGGACUUAUAAUCGAUGAGGCAAUCGUGAAAGAAUCCGAAAGUAAGCUAACAGAAAUUUUAGAUGUAUAUGAAGCGCGGCUUAAGGAGAGCAAGUAUUUGGGGGGAGAGAGCUUCUCACUGGUUGAUCUUCAUCACUUACCAAACACGCAUUACUUGAUGGGAACAAAAGUGAAGAGGUUGUUUGAUGAACGUCCUCAUGUGAGCGCGUGGGCUUCUGAUAUCCUUUCAAGGCCAGCUUGGGUGAAGGUUACAUCCAUGAGUAACAAGUGAUCCAAUAUAUCCGAUUAUAUAUAGAUCCGAGAUAUAUAUCUUGUGUGUGGUAUUUGUGAUUCUUGUACUUUUUUGUUUUGUCUGUCAAAUUGAGGUUUCGGUUAACGAUAUUAUUAUCCUAAUUAAUUAAAACAUCUAGUAAAAGAUGGUGCAUGGUUUAGUUUUUCCA